AUUAUCACAUUUAUUUGUCCUAUCUUUUUUACAAAUUUUGCUGUAUAGGUUAUAUAAGUAUUUUAAGAUCUUAAAUAUGUAAUCGAUAUGAUAUAGAAACUUUUGUUAUUCAUAAAGCGUCAAUACUUAACAUACAACGCGAAACAAUGUAACGGAAAUAUCCGAAUAUAGCCGAUUUAUUACGUUUACUUGUUGACCGUCGCCAGUAACUACGACGUCGACCUCCUGGGGUUUUUAGUGGCGCGCUAUAUUGAUAAGAUUUGCUUCAAGUUUUAUUAUAUUUACUACAGAUACGUUAUUUAAACGGGAUUUUUAUCUGUAUUUAUUUAAAGAAUUCAUUGAUUUGUCGCGGCUGUAUAAAUCAUUUGUAAUUUAAUUUUCAAAGAGGUAUUUAAAUCGAGGACUUAUUUUUAAAAAAAAAUGACCACCGUAGGUAUCGAACCAGUGAAGAUUGAGCGGGUAAACCCGAUGAAUAUACCCAGCUACUCAUACCAGUAUCCUGCCUUCCAGAAGGUCCAGUUAGCGGCUGUGAAAGAUGGACUUUUCCAUCCUAGAUUACCGUCGUUCCGACGAAUGGACAUGGAUACCGCCGGCCACAAACUCCCCGACGAGCAUUGUCGGACAACAACAACAUGCGGUCCAG